AUGAUCAACCCACCACCUAGAAGGUAUAUGCGCUCCGAUGCUAGAAAAUUAUCUACUGCAGAUUACGAAGAUAUCAUGCAAUACCGAGAUAUGAAGUCCAAGCCUCUGGAUCAAUUAAGAAAAAAAUUUCAUAUAUCAACUUCUCGUUUAUAUCAGAUCUGGAGAGGUCAGGAAAUGGGAAGGGUCAAAUGGAACUAUUCAGCAGUCCCGCUUUCUUAUUCGAGUAUAAAUAGACAGGAUAUACCAGAGGAGUCUCAACCGAAGCCAUUGUUUUGUACCUCCACUUUAGCCGGAGAAGGAGGCGCUUGUUUUACUGAAUCAGCUUUAUUUGAACCAGACUCCUGUGGGGUAGUCUUACGAGCCGGCGAGACCACUGGUUUAUUAGACUUGGGAUUUUUAGUAGAUUGGGAUGAUGAUUUCUUGGAACUAGACUUCGUGCCAGAAGACUUUUUGCCUAAAGACUUUUUGCCUGAAGACUUCUUACCCUUGGA